CGGCGCGGCCCCGCCCCCUCCGCGUUCCCAUUGGUCUGGGCGGGGGGGGCGUGGCCUCGGCGCGGGGAACCUUAGGGCCGGGGCCGCGGGGUCAGCGCGUGCGAGGGGGGAGUGACGUUCACGUGACGUAGGGAUGCGCCUGGCGGGGGCCAUGCGGCUGGUUCGGUUCCGGGGGCCCGGGGGGGCCGAGCCCCGGCUGGGGCUGGAGGAGGCACCGGGGGGGGCCCUGGUCGACCUGAGCGCGGCCGAACCGGCGCUGCCGGGAUCCAUGAGAUCCCUCCUGGAGAGCGGCCCUUCCGCCCUGGCCGCCGCGCACAGGGCGCUGCAGUCCAGCCGGUUCCGGGUGCCGCGGGACGGGGUUCGGCUGCUGGCGCCGCUGGGGGACCCCCAGAAGCUGAUCUGCGUGGGGCUCAACUACCGCGACCACUGCGGCGAGCAGGGCGCCCGCGUCCCCGCUGACCCCGUCAUCUUCAACAAGUUCCCCAGCGCCAUCACCGGCCCCUUCGACGACAUCAAGAUGCCCCAGGAGAGCAGCCAGGUGGACUGGGAGGUGGAACUGGCCGCCGUCAUCGGGAAGAAGGGGCGGCACAUCGAGGAGUCGGUGGCCAUGGACCACGUUGUGGGGUUCACGGUGGCCAACGACGUGAGCGCCCGGGACUGGCAGAUGCGCAACGGGCGGCAGUGGCUGCUGGGGAAAACCUUCGACACCUUCUGUCCCCUGGGGCCAGCCCUUGUCACCAAGGAGGCCGUGACAGACGUCCACAACCUGCGCAUCCGCUGCAGCGUCAAUGGGCAGGUGAUGCAGGACAGCAGCACCAGCCAACUCAUCUUCCCCCUCCCCAAACUCAUCGCCUGGGUCUCCCGCUUUGUCACACUGGUCCCCGGGGACAUCCUGCUGACGGGAACCCCCGCUGGCGUGGGGUUUUUUCGGAAACCCCCUGUGUUUCUUAAGCGUGGGGACGAGGUGCAGUGCGAGAUCGAGCAGCUGGGCGUCAUCUGCAACCGGGUGGUGUGAGGACGGAGGCACCAAAUCCCCCCGAUUCGGCCGCUAUUUUCCCCCGCAGGGGUCAAUAAAGCCACGAGCCGGGUCGGCACCUACCCUCCCCCCCCA